AUUCUGUAGCAAGUCGUUCCGACAAUUAUUACGGCCACAGUAUAAAAGGUGGUCGCUUACUAAAAUUGUCUGUUGGUAUUCAUCGUUUGAAAAGUUACGAACUUCAUGAUGCAAAACACCAACGCAGCCUCAGGAAGACCCCCUUUUCCAUCUCCUGGGAAUUCUAUGCGAUUUAAUUCUCCAACGUACCCUCGCCCAGCAUUCAAUCAAAUUCAAAACUCGCCGAGCAAUGCAUCUUCCCCAAAUCCCGGAAUGAUUGUUCAAAGGCCCAAUAUGAUAGGAAAUCCUACAUCCACCAAUGCCUAUACUGGUCAGCCUGUUAGACCAGGUGGACCAGGAAUGAGUCCACAAACGGUAGGACCAGGGAAAAGGCCAGGUGAUAUGCGAGCUCCAAAUCAAGCAGGGAAAAUGGAAUAUGGCCCUAACAAUGCUAAGAAGAAGAAAAAACUUGCAGACAAGAUAUUACCGCAGAAAGUUAGGGAUUUGGUUCCUGAAUCUCAGGCUUAUAUGGAUCUUUUGGCCUUUGAAAGAAAACUAGAUGCAACAAUUAUGAGGAAACGUCUUGAUAUUCAGGAGGCUUUGAAAAGACCAAUGAAACAAAAGCGCAAAUUGCGUAUUUUCAUAUCAAAUACAUUCUACCCUGCAAGAGAAGUUGAUACUCCUGACGAUGUUGCUGGUGGCAGUGGAGUUGCCUCUUGGGAGCUAAGGGUAGAAGGACGCCUUCUGGACGAUGCUGCCAAAUCGGACCCCAACAAAGUCAAACGGAAAUUUUCGUCGUUUUUCAAAUCAUUGGUUAUCGAAUUAGAUAAAGAUCUGUAUGGCCCUGAUAACCAUCUAGUGGAGUGGCAUCGAACUUCCACGACGCAGGAAACAGACGGGUUUCAAGUGAAACGGCCAGGAGACCGUAAUGUUAGGUGCACCAUAUUACUUUUGCUUGAUUAUCAACCUUUGCAAUUUCGUCUCGACUCGCGACUCGCGCGCCUCCUUGGUAUUCAUACACAAACAAGGCCUAUGGUGAUUUCCGCGUUGUGGCAGUACAUCAAAACUCAUAGACUUCAGGAUCAUCAAGAAAGAGAAUUUAUACGCUGUGACAAAUAUAUGGAACAAAUAUUUGGAUGCCCUAGAAUGAAAUUUGCUGAAAUUCCGCAAAGGUUGAACCCUCUCUUGCAUCCUCCUGAUCCCAUCGUCAUCAACCAUUUAAUAAGUAGUGUCGAGAGUGCUGAUCAAAAAAAAACAGCAUGUUAUGACAUCGAUGUUGAAGUUGAUGAUACAUUGAAAGCCCAGAUGAACAACUUUCUGUUGUCUACUGCUAGCCAGCAAGAAAUUCAGAGCCUAGACAACAAAAUACACGAAACCGUCGAAAGCAUUAAUCAACUGAAAAUCAGCCGAGAAUUUUUCCUUGGUUUCGCUCGAGACCCCCAACAGUUUAUAAAUAAAUGGCUUGUGUCACAAACUAGGGAUUUGAAAACCAUGACCGACAUAGUAGGAAAUCCCGAGGAGGAAAGGCGAGGGGAGUUUUACGAGCAAAGCUGGACGCAAGAAGCAGUUUGCAGAUAUUUCUACAGCAAAGUGCAGCAGAAACGUGCGGAAUUGGAACAAGCUUUAGGCAUCCGCAACAACUAGAAAGCAUCCAGUAUAUCAUAAUUUUCAUUAGAUUUGCGCUAACCAGGUCGAACUGGUGACCAAUUGACAACAUAAUUUUAAAAAAGGGGGAAAUCGGAGGAAUCCUGCAUGAAACCAUGAAAACGGUUAUAUGUCAAGAAACCUUAUUUUCCGUGAAAUGUCGUGCAUUCUAACUUUUGGUCUAAUACAUUGAUGUCUCCUCAUA